ACAGGUCUUCAUGCAUAUUCAUAGAAGAGACAAAAUUGUGUCAUAUAUAACAAGCUUCCAAUCCAUACCUGUACCAGUUCAACCUCCGACUAGCAUUCAAACAGUUCAUCAACAGAUUACUCGUCAUCACUUCUUUGCCCAUUCCGAUUAUAACGAAAGACAUGGCUGUUUCUCUGAACGAAGAUAAUACAAAAAAAUGUCUUCAAACCUUGGAAGAAAGCCUCUCAGAGAUGCCCUUGAACAUGCGGCUUUUCUCACUCGCGAUGCGUUCUUUGUAUGCUGACAAAGCAGUUGGAGGGGACAGCAAAGCUGCCGAGGACUUCCGAAAGCUCCGUGACAACACACGUGACGACGCAAUGGUCUACCUAAAAGGAGUGCUUCCGGUAGCCACCAAGUUCGUUUCCAACAUCAGUGAGUUCUUCGAGUUUUACACUGCCCUUUCGUACGAAGAAUGGUGCGAGAUGUUGAAAUAUAUUCAACAGCAAAUAACCUGCUAUAAGGGACUUGCUAAGGUCCUUGUCAAAAUGCACGAAGAUGUGCUGGUACCGCUGAAGAAAAGACAAGACGAAGCCACAGUGAUUGUCAAGUCACUCCAAAACCUUCAAGAGGUGUACGACAAGAAAAGAAAAGAACUCGAAAGUUCCUCCAGUAUGAAGAAUGCGUGGGCAAUUGGGCUUUUAUUUGUUCCCUUUAUAAACGUUAUAGCAGUCCCAUUGCUAGCUGUGUCCGCAAGCACUGACCUUGCAGAAGCAGUCGCUACAGGAGAAGAGGGUGACAUCCAAGCAAGAGCCGCCAUAGCAAUCAAGGAAUGUCUCGUCCCUGCCCUCAAAAACUUAAUCGAUGGUCUUGAGGCUGCAGCCGGUUUCUUUUCUGUCAUGGAGAAUGAGCUGGCGAAGUUUGAGGGCAAAGCCAACGAAGCCUUAGAAAACAAACUGAUGCUGCAUUACAAGUUGAUGAAGAAAGAAGCCGAAAAGAUGGAUGGGCUGUGCAUGAAAUUCCACGCUGUUCUACCGGCCGUCCGUACUGAUUUUCUCGCCAUCCCUACGACUGGAACCGACAAGUCCUACGUCGAUAAGUGGCUUGAAGAGCAGAAGAAGGACAUCAUAAGAAAGCUAAAAGAAAAUGCUGUUGGUGUCUUGAAAGCCCUCCUAAAGCAUGACCCUGCUUCUGAAAAGUAAAAUAGACGAAGUAGAACGGAAUAUCACGCGCUGAUAUAAAAUCAUCAACAGGGCCUAUAUUACUUUUGAACAUGAUGUCAAAAUACAUCAGGAAUUCAUGUUUUUGUACUAAAAAUGUCAAGGGUUUCUAGUUUGAAACUGUUUAGAAACUUUGUCCCAUAUUGGUGCAUCUGGCCUCCUCGAAAUUUUUGGCCCAUUGCAUAACUCAAAACAUGACAGUGCACCUGUGAUUUCCUGGGGAGAAUGUGGCAAAACAGAUCAGUCCGUUUCAAAUCUUGCUCUCUUUGAGCUGCAUUCAAAACAUACUGUUUGAAGUUGCAAAUAUUUGUAUAUAUUAUGUCGCUUUACAUCGCAUCGUAUUUCAUAAUGAUAAACUAAAUCAGUUUGGUUUAAUACAGACCAAAACAUGCUGGUAUAUGCUAGAGGCCCCUUCUAUACAAAAGAAUUACAAACAUUUCAUAUUAUUUUGCUGAAGUGUCUAAGAUUUGUAUUAAAAUAAAACACGGUUGUUUUUCUUUCAUUUCUUAACAUAUAAUGUUUUGAAGGUUUACUUGGUGUUAUUGAGAAUAUAAAAGAUAAUGCUUUAUCAAAUCAUGUGAUAAUUUUGAUAAAAAUAUGAUUUACACUAAUCGUAAACUGGGGAGUGUUCCCACAUGUAGGUAAAUACGCACGAAAUACAUUGACGCUGCACCAUACUAAAUUGAAAAUGUUUCCCUGUCGUAUGUUAAUGUCGUAAGUCAAUCAUAUUUUAGUUUUUAUUUUAUUACAUUUAACUCCAUGUCACUUCCCUUUUUCAUUUUUUUUCUUUCACUGAUCUUCACCCAUCAAAGUCAAUUGAC